AUUUUCGUAAUUGUCCAAUGAUGUAAAAGAAAAUGAUAUUUGCAGUUGCACAGAGUUUCAUGUCGCUUUCGUGUUUCCCACCUUUAAGGUCACCCUAUAACUGCUUUCAAUGGCGGUUGUCAAUGCUCUCUAUUUAACCACCCCCGCCCCCUCUGCCCCCAUUUUCAAUAUCUUUUUCAUAUCCUCCCACAUUUUUCGAUCUCGCCAUAAUCUGGUUGCUUUUAAAUCGAAAUGGAGCAGGAUGAUUGCUAUGAGAAUGUUACUGAGACAAAAUAUGAUUGCCUCCUCUUUGACGUGGAUGAUACACUUUAUCCCCUGAGUUCUGGUUUAUCAACGGAAUGCACCAAGAACAUAAGAGAAUAUAUGAUCAGUAAGCUCGGCGUAGAGGAGGAGAAGGUUCCUGAAAUGUGUGCCGAGCUAUAUAAGGAGUACGGUACAACAAUGGCUGGUCUUCGGGCUGUUGGGCAUGAUUUCGACUACGAUGAUUACCAUAGCUUCGUACAUGGUAGACUACCUUACGACUGGUUGAAGACCGAUCACACUUUAAAAAACCUUCUGCACACAGUUCCCAUUCGCAAAGUUAUAUUCUCGAAUGGAAAUGAAGCCCAUGUGGCUACGGUUCUUAGCAGGCUCGGGUUAGAGGAUUGUUUCGAAGAUAUAAUUUGUUUUGAGACGUUGAAUCCUUCUAAAUCCUCUGAAGAGCCUGAAAACAGCUGUGAUGAGCUCCCUAAAACUCCGAUUAUUUGCAAGCCGUUUGAAAAUGCAUUUGAGCAAGCUUUCAAGAUUGCCGGUAUUAACCCUCAUAAAACUCUGUUCUUUGAUGACUCCAUUCGCAAUUUGCAGACUGCCAAAAGCAUCGGGCUGCAUACCGUUUGGGUUGGGUCGUCUAGUAAAACACAGGGUGUGGACUAUUCAUUGGAGAGCAUUCACAAUAUGAAGGAGGCAUUGCCGGAGCUGUGGGAAGGCGAUGUCGACAAGGCUGAUGUUCCCUAUUCUGGAAAGGCUGCCAUUGAAGCGGUUGUAUGAGCUUGUGGCCAAUAACACCCGACUAACUUGGUUAUUUUGUUUUUUGGCCUAAGUUGUUUCUUUGCUUAGGGUGAAAACUAAAAACAACUUCCUGAAGUUAGUGAUGGUAAUAUUAUAAAGUGUUUUUAUCUUUAGUAAAUUCAGAUUUUAUUAUGCAAUCCAAAAUAAUUUGAAUAGAAGGUUUGAUAUA